AUGGGGCGCGAGGAGCAGCUCCACAUCAACGUGCCGAGCCUCUUCCGGUGCCCGAUCUCACUCGACGUCAUGAGGUCGCCGGUGAGCCUCUGCACCGGCGUCACCUACGACCGCUCCUCCAUCCAGCGCUGGCUCGAGUCCGGCCACCAGACCUGCCCCGCCACCAACCAGCCCCUCCCUUCCACCGACUUCGUCCCCAACCUCACCCUCCACCGCCUCAUCCACCUCUGGACCCAGUCCUCCUCCUCCGCCCGCCUCCGGGACUCCCUCGCGCCUCCGCCGGCGGCGAGGUCCUCCCCCUCCGAGAUUCUCGCCCUGACCGAGCGAAUCGCGACGGGGACGGCCCGGGAGAGUUGCUGCGGCGCGUUGAAGAAGGCCGCGGAGUUCGCGAGCUAUCGCGAGGAGAACAGGAGGUUCCUGGCCGGUUCCGACGGUUUUGUGGCGGCGGUCGUUCGGGUUCUGACGAGAGGAGGAGAAGGAAGUUCGGAAUCGGAAAUCGAGGUUUUGGAGUUGGCGGUGAGGGUCUUGGAGUCGAUUUUGACGGAAAAUGGAGUUAAAGAGCGGUUGAACAAGCUAUUGCUCCGGAGCGACCGUGGGAACUGCUUGUCUCCGAUGGUUUCACUCCUCCGCAGUGGAAGAUUAGCGUCGAAGAUCGGGGCGGUUAGGAUCCUGGACUCAAUCGCGGUCGACAACGAGUCUAAACGCUCGAUCGCCGAAACGGAGGGCGUCCUCGCCGAAUCCAUCCGGCUUCUCGUCGCCGACACCGACGAGAGCCUGCGCGAUGUCGUCUUGCCGUUGCUCAUCAAGCUGGCCGUGGCUCGGUCGAUGAAGGCCCGGCUGGUCCAGCUCGGGCUCGUCCCGAUCCUCUCCGGCUUCAUCUCCGACCAAGACUCCACCGGUCCGACCGUCGAGAGGGCUCUGAGGCUGACGCAGAUGGUCUCGACGGUCGCGGAAGGGAGGCAGGCGGUGAGCGAGGACGCGAGUCUCGCGGGGUCCCUGGUGGGGAGGCUGAUGAAGGCGUCGAGGGCGGCGACGGAGGACGCGGUGGCGGUGCUGUGGAGCGUGUGCUGCGUGUGCGGGGACGCGAGGGUGAAGGAGCGGGUGGCGAGGAGCGGCGGCAUGACGAAGGUCUUGCUGGUGAUGCAGAGCGAGGAAGACGCGGGCGUGAAGAAGAUGUGCAGUGACCUGAUGAAGGCUUUGAGAUCCGGGUGCGAGACUGUCGAUUCUGGGAUGGUCAGCUACGAGACCAGAACUACUCACAUCAGGCAUCGUUGA